AACCGCCACCGUGUUAUGGGCAUGCGCAACCGCCUCUACGGCAGUAAUAUGUCAGGACAACACGAUAUCCCCCCUGAAGUCGGGGAGCAGCCCGAGCAGGAACCUGUGGAAGCCCCAGGGGCAGCUGCCGCCGGUCCUGGGCCUGGCCCAGCCGAAGGGAUGGAGACCGAACCGCCAGACAAUGAGCCCAUCCCCGUCGCGGCUGGCAUCGAGGACCGUGGACCCCCAGAUGUCCCCAGGUCCAACGUACAAGGCCUCAGCACGACCUUCGAGGAAGUUGGAGCCUGCGGAGGCUACAGCCCACCUCCUGAGGAAGCCAUGCCGUUCGAGGUCGAGCAGCCCGGCCUGGAAGGUUUCUGGCCCAGCCUGGAGCAGUCUGGAGCAUCUGGAGCCCAGCCAGUAUUCAAAAUCUUCAACCCAGUGGUUUUGGAGCCCCGGACCCCCGGUGGUGCGACCCCAGGCCUGGGAAGCUACAGCCCCCCACCAGAAGAAGCCAUGCCGUUUGAGUUCAGCCAGCCUGCCCAGGGAGACUAUAGCCAGCCUCUCCUGCGUGCCAGGGAUCACGCUCCAGGAGGUCCAGAGGCGGGGGUCCCUAGAGCUCUUCGCGCCGAGCCCCGGGGCCGCGCAUCUGAAAACAGUAGCUUCGGAGGAGACUACAGCCCUCCGCCUGAGGAAGCUGUGCCAUUUGGAAUUGACGGAGAAGCAUUUGGGGGCGAUAGCCCACCCCCAGGGCUCCCCCGAGUCAUCCCUCAAGUCGUUGGGAGCGGCCAGUUCCCGGCAGUCGCGGUCCCGAGUGCGCUCAGCCUCGCUCCCGCCGCGAGCGCGCCUCCCCUCUGGGUCGCGGGCGCCAUCGACAGUCCUUGGCGAGAGGCAGUCAGAUCUGCUCUUAACUUCGCAUGCGACAGCCCCCCGAUGGAGAUCUCCAGACCCCCGCUUGAGAUUGGCAGCGCCUCCACUGGGGUCGACGACGACAUCGUCAACGUGGACAGCCCCCCAAUCGGGAGUGACGGCCCGCCCAUCCAGGUCUCGGGAGCCCCAGAUAAGAGCGAGCGCGCAGAGAGACCCCCAGUUGCAGACGCGGCGGAGAUGGAAGGAAGCACAGCCACCGCCGGCGCGGUGGAAGGCGAGAUCCCCUCUCCUCCGGGGAGAGGGGACGGAUCCUGCACCACCCCAGCUGCUGCCGACGCCGGCCCGGCCCCAGCCACUCCCGCCGAGCCUGAAGCCAGCGGAGCUCCUGCAGCUCCAGCGGAGCCCGAAGCGGAGCCCGAAGUCCCGGCGGCGGCCGCUGUCCGAGCGGAUCCUGACGGCGGGGCGGCCGCUGCCUCCCCAGCCGAGCCCGAAGGCGAGCAAGCCGCAGAAGCCCCGGCCGAUCCACUCUCCCCGGCAAUCCCCGCCAGCACGGCCCCAGCCGUCCCAGCAGAUCCUGCCUCCGGGGCAGCCCGCGAGCCCCCAGCUGCGCCAGCAGAGCCCGUCUCCAAGCCGGUCCCAGCGCCUCGACCAGAUCCCGUCUGCAAGCCAGUCCCGGCUACGCGAGCCAACCUCCUCGCUCGGGCUGUCCCUGCUGCUUCAGCCCACCCGGCCGCCGGGGCCGUCCCCGGAGCCCCUACAAUGUCAGCCCUCAGGGCUUCUACUGCCAGGGCCAUCUACUCGGGUCCUGUCGCUUGGAAUGCCAGGUCUCGCUCUGCCACUCCCGGGGCCGGGCCAACCCUCGCUGCCCGCGCAGCUGCUGCCGCCCGGGCAGCUUCCGCCGCCCGGGCGGUCACUGCCGGCCGAGUGGUCACCGCGGGCCCCAGCAGAACCCAUCUCAGACCCCCCAGCCCCGAGAUCCAGGUCGCUGAUCCGCCUACUCCACGGCCUCCUCGCCCGUCAGCCUGGCCCGACAGCUCGGAGCGGGGCCGAAGCCGCCGCAGGUACGAGGAUGUGUCAGUCAUCUGCGAGAUCGACUCCUCCAGCGACGAGUCUGAAGAAGGGGCCACCGGCUGCUUCCAGUGGUUUCUGCGCAGAAGCCGCCGCCCCAGCAAGCCCCGCAGCCAGUCUGUCGGCAACUUCUUCACCCGAACCUUCGGAAGCUGCUUCGGCCUCUGCGAGAGUUCCGAGUCCAGGUCCCGGAGCCCCCCGAAAGAUCCUAUGGCGGAGAGGCGCAAACAGAUGCGCCAAGAAGCCAUUGAGAUGCGAGAGCAGGAGCGCGCAGACAAGAAACGCAGCAAGCUCAUCGACAAACAACUCGAGGAGGAGAAGAUGGACUACAUGUGUACGCACCGCCUGCUGCUUCUAGGUGCUGGAGAAUCUGGGAAAAGCACCAUUGUGAAGCAGAUGAGGAUCCUGCAUGUUAAUGGGUUUAACGGAGAGGGCGGCGAAGAGGACCCGCAAGCUGCAAGAGGCAACAGCGAAGGUGAGAAGGCCACCAAGGUGCAGGACAUCAAAAACAACCUGAAGGAGGCCAUUGAAACCAUUGUGGCCGCCAUGAGCAACCUGGUCCCCCCUGUGGAGCUGGCCAACCCUGAGAACCAGUUCAGAGUGGAUUACAUCCUGAGCGUGAUGAACGUUCCUGACUUUGACUUCCCACCUGAAUUCUACGAGCAUGCCAAGGCUCUGUGGGAGGAUGAGGGAGUGCGUGCCUGCUACGAGCGCUCGAAUGAAUACCAGCUGAUUGACUGCGCCCAGUACUUUCUGGACAAGAUUGAUGUGAUCAAGCAGGCCGACUACGUGCCGAGCGACCAGGACCUGCUUCGCUGCCGCGUCCUGACCUCCGGAAUCUUUGAGACCAAGUUCCAGGUGGACAAAGUCAACUUCCACAUGUUCGAUGUGGGCGGCCAGCGCGACGAGCGCCGCAAGUGGAUCCAAUGCUUCAACGACGUGACUGCCAUCAUCUUCGUGGUGGCCAGCAGCAGCUACAACAUGGUCAUCCGGGAGGACAACCAGACCAACCGCCUGCAGGAGGCUCUGAACCUCUUCAAGAGCAUCUGGAACAACAGAUGGCUGCGCACCAUCUCUGUGAUUCUCUUCCUCAACAAGCAAGAUCUGCUUGCUGAGAAAGUCCUCGCUGGAAAAUCAAAGAUUGAGGACUACUUUCCAGAGUUCGCUCGCUACACUACUCCUGAGGAUGCGACUCCCGAGCCCGGAGAGGACCCACGAGUGACCCGGGCCAAGUACUUCAUCCGUGAUGAGUUUCUGAGAAUCAGCACAGCUAGCGGAGACGGGCGUCAUUACUGUUAUCCUCACUUCACCUGCGCCGUGGACACUGAGAACAUCCGCCGUGUCUUCAACGACUGCCGUGACAUCAUCCAGCGCAUGCACCUUCGUCAGUACGAGCUGCUCUAAGAAGGGAACACCCAAAUUUAAUUAAAGCCUUAAGCACAAUUAAUUAAAAGUGAAACGCAACUUUACAAGCAGUUGAUCACCCACCAUAGGGCGUGAUUAACAACGCAACCUUCCCUCUUCCCGAGUGAUUCUGAAAAAUCCCCUUUCCCUUCAGCUUGCGUCAAUGUUCCAAAUUUAGUAAGCUUAAGGCGGCCUACAGACGAGAAAGAAAAAGGCCUCAAAAGUUCCCUCUUCACUUUCAGAAAAUAAAAGCAGCAACAAACA